AUGGUCUUAGUAAAAGAUAUUUUGAAUCCAAACCCAGAAACUGAAAAGAAUACAUAUAAACUUAAAAAAUUAGUACAAGAACCAAACUCAUAUUUCCUCGAUAUCAAGUGUCCUGGAUGUUUCAAUAUUGUUACGUUGUUUUCGCAUGCUCAAACUGCUGUAAGCUGUGAAAAAUGCGAUAACUUACUAUGUACUCCUACUGGCGGUAAGGCCAGAUUAAUCGAGGGUUCUUCAUUCAGAAGGAAAUAG